GCCAGGCUGCGAGUGAAAGCACUCCUGCCAUCCCAUUGAUGAUGCCAGGCAUGGGGACGACCUUUGCCCCGAUCACCACGGUAGGAUCAGUUGGCAUGAUCCCAAUCAUGUCAACCCCUACUCCUGCGCCAACGACAACAAUGUUCCCAGGCUCGAUAACAACGCCUGGUGGAGCUUUCACACCAUACCCGUCAGCUUGGGCUCAGUUUGCUGCUGACCCGGCAAAUGCUCAGGCUCUACAGGGCUAUCAACAGGUGAUGGCCAUGAUGCAACAGGCAGGGGGCUUCAUGCCAUUUUCCUAUCCUGGUAUGACGUCGCCAAUCAUGCGACCUCCGAUGUCGACCCCGUCGACAUUUGUCCCUAGGAUGGUCCCUAUACGCCUGGUGAAUCUGACGGGGACCAUGAAUGAAGCAGCACCCUCAAAUGUCCAUGAGGUCGAUGAGGCGGAGCAAGAGGCGGCCCGCAGGAGGAAGGGUAAGGCUAUAGCCAAACCCAGCAAGACCCGAGAUUCGGCGUUCAAACGCCUAGGGGACAAAGAGGAUGGGCCCCGCAAGUCUGCCAAGCUACGUCUUGGUCCUGAGAUGGGCCGGACUAGCGCAAUGGAAAGACUUGGAGGGAAUCGAAGCAGUGUCAAUGUUCUAUACUUGGAUGCUUUCAAGAAAUUGAAGCUGGACAGGUCCAUGUUGAGACCGUUGCAAACUCCAUUGUCAGGCUUCACUGGAGCUAGCAUAGAAGCGGAAGGUCAGAUCACCUUACCAGUUACCUUGGGGUCGGGUAACAAAACAGUAACCAAGCAAAUGAGAUUUGUUGUGGUUGAUAUCAAGUGUGUACAUAAUGCCAUUCUUGGUAGACCUGGAAUCAACCAGGUCAGGGCCAUCAUUUCUAUGGCACACUUGUGCAUGAAAUUCUACACUCCCAAUGGGAUCGGGGAGGAAAGGGGUGAUCAAAAGAAUGCCCGGUCCUGCUACCUGGAAGCAGUCAAGAAAAUGACCCGGCAAUUCGAACAAAUUGAAUUGGUCUCCCAGCAAGUAGACAAGGGAGAGGAGAAGGCUAGAAUCGAGCUGGAUGCAAACACGGAGGAGAUCCAGAUUGAUGCCUCCAAUCCUGAGAGGAAGGUCAAGAUUGGGGUUGAUCUUCAGGAGGAGCUAAGGACUGAGGUUGUCCAGGUGCUGACCAGGUAUAAAUCUUUGUUUGCCUGGAGUGUUGCUGAUAUGCCCGGAAUUGACCGGUCGGUCAUUUGCCAUCGUCUCUCUGUUCUUGAGGGGUCUAGGCCUGUAAGACAGAAGAAGAGAUUUUUGGCAAGUGAUAGGAGAGAUUUUGUAAAGAAGGAGGUUAAGGACCUACUUGAGUGGGAUGACGAAUGUGCCAGGGCAUUCGAAGAGCUAAAGACGUACCUGACUUCGAAUAUUGUCAUAUCCAAGCCGGAAACGAAUGGUUGGUGCGCCGCUGUGACGGACGAGGUUGGUGAUUCCAAGCUCUCGGAUGACCACCGCCUCGUUGUUGAGGAUCCAAUCAUCGCCGCCAUAUGUUGCGAUGUCGUCACCGCGGGUGGGCAGCCCUGCGACCCGGGCAAAGGUAGCCAAAUCAAACUCGAAGUCCACGAGAUUGAUGCUGCUGCGAAUAGUGUCCCCGUCCCGGCGGAGAUUGGAGUAGAAAGCCCGAACGUAGGCGGGAUUGAAGGAGGUGCGACUGCGGGAGACGAAGGGCCACAGACCCGACUCCUUGAGUUGAUUGUCAAGGUCGUAGUAACCCUUCUGUUGAGGGUAUGGCUCGGGUAGCACCCUUGGCGGAGAGAUGGGGCGCUUGGCGAAAUAGGUG